AUGCGGCGGCGCGGCGGCGCGGAGGCUCCGGGGCAGGGCGACGGCGACAGCGGUGGCGGUGCCCAGGCGGCGGCGGCGGUGGGCGGGAGCUCGGCUCGGCCCCAGCCCUCCCGGGGCUGGCUGGGCUGGUGCCCCCGGCUGCGCACCCUGCUGCUGGAGCUGCUCCUUGUCUACGUCUCCGUGCCCUUCCUCAUCCGCCUCUUCCCCGCCAUCCUCACCAAAUUCAUCUUCCUCAACUUCCUGGCCUUCCCCUUCUUCGCGGACCUGCGGCAGCCGGCGCUGCUGCUGAACAACACGGUCAGCCUGCACCUCGCCACCGAGCCCGGCAUCUCCGUCGGCAUCUGGCACACGGUGCCGGGCAGCAGAGGGGCCGAGGCGCGGGGCCAGGAGCAGAGCUGGUACGAGGAGGCGCUGGGCGACGCUCACCCCGUCAUCAUCUACCUGCACGGCAAUGGGGGCACCAGGGCUGCGAGCCACCGGGUCCAGUUCAUGAAGCUGAUGGGGGCUGCCGACUUCCACAUCGUGGCUCUCGACUACCGAGGUUACGGGGAUUCCAGCGGGUACCCCACGGAGAGCGGCUUCACCACGGACGUCCUGGCGCUCUACGACUGGGUCAAAGCGCGGAGCGGGAACAGCAGCAUCAUCUUCUGGGGACACUCCUUGGGGACCGGGAUCGCGACGAACGCGGCCCGAAAACUGCAGGAGGAGCGAGGGGUCCAGGUUGACGCCGUCGUGCUGGAGUCGCCCUACAACAGCAUCCGCGAGGCGGCCGCCCACGUCCCCAUCACCACGAUUUACCGGCAGUUCCCGGGUUUCGAGUACCUCAUCUUGGACUCCAUAGCCCUGGCCAACAUGUUCUUCCGCAACGAUGAGAACGUGAAGGUGCUGGCCUGCCCGCUCCUCAUCCUGCACGCGGAGGACGACGCCGUGCUGCCCGUGCACCUGGGACGCAAGCUCUUCGAGACAGCACGCGGCGCCUACAAGGACAAGAGCAAGGUGAAGUUCAUCUCCUUUCCCAAAGAGCUGGGCCUGGGCCAUGACUACAUCUCGUCCAACCCCGAGCUGCCCGCCCUGGUCAAAGACUUCUUGAACAUGAAGUGAGGCCAGCCGCUGCGUACAGCACCCGUGAGCACUCCCCCCACGCCGCGCACCAGGAACCCGUCACAGCACUGACCGUACUUCUGUACGUAAUAAACUCUACUGAGAAACUUUCUAA